GUUUGUCUAUGUUAUCGAUUCGCAUGCACGUAAAGUUAGUAGUGAGACUGCAAAUUCGUUAAGAGUGUCGUUUGUAAAUUUAUAUACAGAAAUUUCGAACGAAAUGUCGAGAAUAGGAGCCAUUAAACAAUCUAUGGAGAAAGCGUUACACGAUGAAAACAAAUUGUGGGCGAAAUAUCUGGGCGAAGUUGAGAAGAAGACCGGUGUCGAUCGACUCUACGUUUUUUUAAGUGUUAUUGGAUUUUCAGCAUUAUACUUGGUAUUUGGUAUUGGUCAGCAGUUAGUUUGUAAUGUCUUUGGAUUUUUGUAUCCUGCAUACUGUUCUAUGAAAGCCUUGGAAAGUCCAAAGAAAGAGGAUGAUACAAAGUGGUUGACCUAUUGGGUUGUUUUCGCAGUUUUUACAAUUGUUGAAUUUUUCUCAGAUUACAUUUUAUGCUGGUUUCCUGUCUAUUGGCUUUUUAAGUGUCUCUUUUAUAUAUGGCUAAUGGCACCUAUUGAACGUAAUGGCUCCCUAGUAUUGUAUCACUGUCUUAUUAGACCAAACUUUUUAAGAUAUCAUCACAAAGUUGAUGAGUUAAUAUCUUCUGCUCAAGAUGCCGCAGUUAAAGCAGCAGCAAAUGCUUUAUUGACGGAAAAACAAGAAUAAUCACAAUUUUGAAUCCCUGGAGGUCAAAUUGUGAAAAACAUGCCUUAAAAAUUUUUACUGUUUUUCCUCCUCGUCCAUUCUUAAUAAAAAAAGAACUAAAGUAUAUUUGACAGUCUUAAUUUCUUAUAUAUAAUGUUUAUAGCAUUGUGAAUUUUAUAAUCAAUUGUGCCUAUUAUUUAGAUGUUGCUCUAAAUAUUUGUAAAAUUCAAUUACAUGUAUUAUUAUUCUUGUUAUAAAUUUCUGUACUUUAUAAAGGAUACAGUACAUUAAGAAAUAAAAUUUUACAUAUAAUAAAUAUUGUUUUAUAUGUACAAAUAUAUAUAUAUAAAAUACAAUUAUUCAAGAUUCUGUUUCCUCAUGUACUAUGUCCCUUAUAAAAUACAGAAAUUUAUAACAAGUAUAAUGACAUGUAAAUUGAUAGCACUAGUAGUCCCACGGUAUCAUUUGUGAUUAGAUAAUUUGUUAACACUUAUAAGAACCAUCCAAGUAAUCUAUAAAAAUAUUUUUUUAUAUCAUAUACGAUAUUACAAUUAUAAUGGAGGUGGAUAUUUUUAAUAUUAAAAAUAAAUGCAUAAUGAUUUGUAAAAUCGCUAAAAAAAAAACAGCUUCUACAGAAAGUAGGUUACAUAAAUAGUGUGAUUUAUAAUUUUAUAAACGAAGGUUGGAUUAGAUGAUAUAUAUAGAUAUUGAUAAAUGAUAAGUACUUGACUGAAGAUAUAUACGUGUGAUGUAUGAAUAUCAGAAAUUGAUGAAUUCCAGUUAAGCGUAAAAUGUUUAAAGCGAUAAAUUAAAUAUUAAUUUUGCACAAAUAAGCUUUUAUAUAAGUUUUAAGAAUAUUUGUAGCAAUGAAAUUCCGCUUGAAUGUGGGAAUAUUUCAUAUUUGACAUAUAUUUAAGCAGUGAGGAAUACAUUUUGCGGCUAACCAGUUAUAUACAUUAUAUAAUUAUUCCUGGAUGUACUAAUGGAGAUGUUGGAUUCCUUAAUCCUUUUAAUUUGUCCUUGGAAGAGAGGCUCGAAGACAAGUUUCAUCGCUGCUCCUUCAUCUGAUUAUUGUCACGUCCAGGAGGGUGCAAAGUCCUGAAUCAAUGAAUGCUGGUCCCAUUCCUAGUUGUACCAGUGAAGAUGAUCAACUUCCAAAAAACUCUCUUCUAAUCCAUCCUCGGGAGAGAGGUUUGAAAAUGUAAUCCGCCAAUAAUUGCGGUUAUAUCUUGAGUACUAGGCAAUCCGUGGAUUUCCUCUGGAUUGCAAUCUUGAUGUGAUCAUCUCCACUAAAUUAUACUCCUUUCCGUAUUUUGUUUCUAUUGCAUCGAUAUUCCGGCUUGAAUGGACUUGUGGCCGUACAAUGUACAUUUGAACAUAGUUUAUUAUUAGAGAGGAUAAUUUUAUUUGUAGCAAUAGAGGAUACAAAGUUUUAUCAAUAUUCUCCCUCCCUUUUCUAUGUAAUGAGAAGACUAAACAAAGAAGCUUAUCUGUCUGCGAGCCUGUUUUAUACAAAUUCGCUAGCCGAUACUAGCUAAUCAUUCUUGAAUACGAAUGUGUCUAUACGAUGAAGCGGACGUUGAUCAGAGGAUUGACGCCAACUAUUACUUGGAGACAAUCAAAAUAGUCUCGUAGGUCAGCGAUCAAGAAUCAAAAUAUUCGAUGGUUUAAAAAUAAUAGCUUUGUUAGAACGCGGUGAACGGCUAGGAUUUCUUGUCAGCAUGAAAAGACGAGCAAAUGGUUUUAUUCAACAGUAAAAUAUUUAAAAAUGGA